AUGGGCGUUGUGGGGUCACGCUUUCAGGAUCAAGGGCCAGAAGCGGCGCAGCUGCUUAACGCAGUUAAGAGGGGCGAGCAUCUGAAGGCGCUGCGGUUUAUGAGGCUUAUGCCGGAGAGCGCACAGGCGAUUUCACAAAACGCCAAAGCUGCCGCCGUACAUUCAGCUGUUAAGCGCGGUUAUGUGAACAUCCUGCAGUUUUUGGGGGAACUUCCCAGCAUUGGCAGCUCGGUCGCGUCCGCGAAUGCCCACUCGCUGGCUGCAUCCGUGGGGCUAGCUGCUGUCGGGCGGAUUGCGCCAAGCCCCGUCCACGGCGAUGCCACUCGGCCUCAGCGCAUUAGCAGGCUCUCUCAACAGUUGGAUUCCGCCCGUGACAUUCGGGGGCCGGAUCCGGCCGAUCGUGAAUCUUGGCUCAAUGCCGUUGACCGGCACGGACGCACACCGCUGUUCACCGCCGUGCGAUAUAACCGCUUGGAGUUUGUUGAGGGACUCUUGUCGCUUGGGGCUGACCCGUGGUUCCUUGAUCGGAGCACGCGGGGCACGGCCUUGCACCUCGCAGCUGUGCUUGGACAUGCGCCUCUUGUGGCGGCCUUCCUAAGGUCGAUUAUUGCAGUCCCCGGCCAACGCGUUGCGCUGUAUGACGCCCAGGACAUGUACGGCUUCACACCGCUGCAUUAUGCCGCCGCCGCUGGCCAUGCCGACGUUGCGCGCAUUCUACUUGACGUCGGGGCGUCGUAUACUGCUGCCAGCCAGCUGCUAUAUGACCCGUCCCCGGGGCUCCGUCGCCUCAACAGUCUCGCCAACAUCGCCGGACGCGUUGGUCUGGAGUUUGGCUCGCGAGAUGGGGGGGGCGACAGGACCGGUGUGCUCGCGGUGCCCUGCGCGCCGAGGUCCAAUCCACUGCACCUUGUCGCGCUGCGGGGCGAUGGAGUAAUUGCGACUCUUGUGCUGCAGCGCUUCCUGCUGGACACGGAUGGACUGUCCCGGGCUGCCCGGGAGAGGGUGACAGACCCACGUACACAGCUCAACAAAGACGGGUUCCAGCCGUACAUGCUGGCAGGCAAUGCGGGCCACUGGCACGUCGCCCAGCUGCUCAUCCCACACUCGCGAGACGACCGCCACUUCCUUAGCCGCGACCGGGACUUCCUCUUGUUCUUCCCAUUACCGGAGCCCUCUGUCGCGAACGGCAGCGGUGUCGCCGGCGAAGGGCCACCGUCGCUGGCGGAGCUGGCGGCGCGUGCGUGGGCCGGCAAGCUCCUGACCGACAUCAAGUCAGCAGAAGCAACUGUACGGCAAUUGCAGCAGCAGGGCCGUAGUUGCAACCAACUGUGCAACAACCAGACCUCGCCAUCGGUGUCGUGUGGUGGAGGCAGCGGCGGUGCUGGCGGAGGCGGCGUGCUGGGGGCACUGCGGCGGCGCAGUGGCCGCUGUGCCGCCGGUUCACCUCCUGUCGGCGGCGGCGGUGGCGGCGGCGCCGCCACCACCGCCGCCGUCGAGGCCACGGCAGCGGCGUCAGCAACUGCACCAGCGGUCGCCAACUGCGUGUUGGGGGCUGGAUCCCCAGGAACAUCAGCCGCGAGCACGCCGCGCACGUCGGCUUCGGGUAAUGGUUUCGGCGCUGGUACCGGCAGUGGCGGCAGCGGAAGCGGCGGUCGUGCGUUGUCACCGCUGCAAAGGUUCGGCAGUGGAAAGGGGUCCCCGUCCCACAUACGAUCUGCUGUACGGGACGAUUCCCGUUAUAUGUCAGACUCCCUGGAUCUCAUCCCGCACAGCUCGGGCCCCUCCUGCGGGGCCGCCGCAGCGCUGCCGCCGCGGUCGCCGCCUUCCGUUCUGGCUGGCCCCUUCCCGCAGCUGCUUGCGCCGACCGCCUGCCCCAUGGGAGCUCGCGCUGCGCCCCUGUCCGCACCACCUGUGCGCCAAUUGCUGUCGGCGGGUGGUGGAAAUGCACUGCGCCGGGGUGGCGGCGGCGGCAGCAGCAGCCGUACGGGCCCCGGGCAGGCGCCCCGCUGCAACGCCGCCGCGCUGCCCCUUCUGCCAGGCCACCAUACGCAGUUUCGUGCCGGCUGCAGCGGUUGUUGUGCUGCGGCAGUAGAGGUGGCAGAUUGCUCCUGGACGGAGGCGGCGGGUGCAUUUUUACGCUGCGUUGAUGGCAGUUAUCAUUCCGGGCAUGCCUCUGUAAAAGACUGGGAGAGCGGCACAUUGGCGGACUUUGCAUCGGAGCUGGGCCUUCAUAAGCCCAGGCGGCAACUCGGACAGGCGGGUGCUUGCUGGGUCGAGAAAUGGCUGUGGCAGAGAAAUGGAAACGCCGAGCGCCAGAAUGCACAUGGCAUUUGCUACUAG